CACUAUCUCUCUGUAUAUAACAAAGGGCAAGUAAGGCAUCUCACUCAAUAUGAGGGAGGGAGAGAGGUAAAGGUUGGAGCUUUAUUCGAUUAUCUGUCAUCUCCUACCUCAAACCCAACUGAGUCUCUCACCCUUUUCACCUCAAAGGGUUUCUCUGCAAGCAAUUCAAUUGAAGAUGGUCGACUUUGCUAGGGUUCAGAAGGAGCUUUUGGAAUGCAGCAGAGACAUUGAGCGCUCUGGUAUCAAAGUCGUCCCCAAAAGCGAUGGUAAUCUGGCUCACUUAGUUGGAACCAUACCCGGCCCAAUUAGUUCUCCUUAUGAAGGUGGCACUUUUCAGAUCGAUAUCGCAUUGCCAGAUGCGUAUCCUUUUGAGCCUCCCAAAAUGCAGUUCACAACCAAAGUCUGGCACCCUAAUAUCAGCAGUCAAAGUGGAGCAAUUUGUCUGGAUAUCUUGAAGGAUCAAUGGAGCCCAGCUCUCACAUUAAAAACAGCACUUCUUUCUGUACAAGCGUUACUUUCUGCUCCUCAACCCGAUGAUCCUCAAGAUGCUGUGGUGGCACAACAGUAUCUGAGAGACUAUCAGACUUUUGUCAGCACAGCACGAUACUGGACAGAAUCCUUUGCCAAGUCCUCAUCUCUUGGGAUUGAUGAAAAGGUAAAAAGACUAGUAGAGAUGGGCUUUCCUGAAGGUCGGGCAAGGAGUGCCUUGGAAACUGUUGGUGGGGAUGAGAACUUGGCCCUUGAAACUCUUUGCUCUGGUUAGUAAGGGAAAAACUUAUAUGGCCAAGGAAAAGGUUUCACAGAUGACAACAGCUAGCUACAGCAGAAUCAUCCUUAAUUUAGUAUAUAUAUUUACAUAUGCCGCCCAACCUUAAGCGGCUGGGAAUUAUACUGACAUAAAGGUUUAGUUGGAUACAAGGAUUUGUUGGUUCAGUUCUUAUCUUUUCUUGUUUUCUCUUAUAUUCCUGCAGACUUGGUUUCUUUAAUCCUUAUUAACCUCGUUUCUUCUGCGAUAAGUAGUAUGAACAAUGAUUUGCUUCUCCGUAAGCAGCUCUUGUUGCAAGGGUGGUGUACUGAAUCCAAUUGUUGUAAUGGACUAAUGGGCAAGCAAAUGUGCUUGUUUGAAUUAUCAGUCGCGAGUACUAUACGCCUCAAUUCAUGGACUGAUUGGUUAAAAUGCAAAUCAUGUUCCUCUGGUUUCAGUCC